AUGUCGCGGACGAAGAAAGUUCUGAAUCCAAUCACCGGAGCGGAGUCGCCGGUAAUCGAUCUCGCCGAUCGAGUGGAGGAAAUCGCCGAGAAGCUAGAUUCAUCGAUAAAAGAGACAAGGAGGCGUCUAGAUUCGAUGGAAGCUGCGAUCGAGGAGAUUUGGAAGCUGGUAAUGGGAGAGAAUCGAAAAUCGGAGACAUUGAAGGUGCAGAGGAGAGAAGAAGCGAUCUCAUCGGUGCAGAUUCAUCAGGCUGAUGAUCAAGAGGUGCAAUCGAUUGAAGCAACAGAAUCAAGAAAAGGGAAAAUGAUUGAAGAGAAAGACUCGAACUCGGUGGCCGAAUCAUCUAUUCAAGAGAGAGAAGCAAGUAAUGAGAUGGGAUCGAUGUCUCAUGUCUCAAAUCAGAUAGAAUCAUCACAACAUAAGGUUUGUUUAUCUGACUUGGAACCUAACUGUCGAGUUUCCAAUGAAUCACGAGACGUUCUUGUGGAAUUCAUAUAUGUGUUCGUGAAGAACAAUAGCUUGUUGUCAGAAGUUAGUGGGUUUAUCUUCGAUGAGUCCCGAUCUGUUCUUGGUGGAGUUUGGCUUUUAUCAAUGCUGUUUGGGAUUGUCGCAUCUGAAUUGGUGAUGAAAGUUGAGUUCCAUCUACAAUCUGAUUUUGGCAUGGAUGCUUCACAAUCUGGUUUUGGAAUUUUUAGGCUCAAGACUACAAAGAGAAGAACCGUAACAGAGGAUGAGGAGAAGCAUUCACACUAUGGAAAGAUAAAGGAUAACGUAAUGCAGACCAAGUCUUUGGAGUUAUCUGAUUUUAUUCUAGACCAUGGUUUACAGGAGGAUAUAGUGUCAAUCUUGGCCACAUAUCCUGUUAUACAACCUCAGCAAAUGGAGACUUCAACUUGCGAGGAUCGCCAAAUGGCAACAUGGACUUGUUCCAAUGGCUAA